UCGUUGGUUGAGACAGGUGGCCAUCACAAAUGAAGUCACCAGGCUAUGAAAAUAAUGCAUAUUACGAUGGAUUGCUUUAAGUAACUUGAGAGCCGGUGAAUGACCAAACUGAUACUGGAGGUUUACUGAGUAGAGUAAUUCACUUGUGAAUAUCUCCCAUGCGGACUAACCAUUAAAGAAGAGGCAGGAUGCUGAAGUUGAGAAAGUUCAUUUCUCUGCUUGGUUCUUUUUGUGUAACCCACGUCUGACUGGAAGGGACUUGGCAAUUAAUUUCACCAUGGAUUCUCAUUCUCCGAUGUCUAUUGAUAAUCUUUUCCCAGCCUUGAUAGAGUGUUUUGGGAUAAUACUAUGUGGAUAUGUGGCUGGUAGAACUAAUGUUAUUACACCAAUCCAAGCUAAAGGACUUGGGAAUUUUAUCUCAAAGUUUGCACUUCCUGCUCUACUUUUUAAGAAUAUGGUAAUCCUUGAUUUUGCCAAUGUACACUGGUCUUUCCUUCUAGGUAUACUGAUCGCUAAAGUGUGCGUGUUUUUAAUUGUGUGCUGCUUGACACUCCUACUUGCUAAUUCAGAAAGUCGAUUCAGCAAAGCAGGCCUAUUCCCUAUUUUUGCCACUCAAAGUAAUGAUUUUGUCUUGGGAUAUACAAUAGCUGAUGCACUGUAUCGAGACACAUAUCCAGAAUAUCUUCAGUAUAUCUAUUUGGUAGCUCCAGUGUCUCUUAUGCUGCUUAACCCUGUAGGAUUCUUCUUUUGUGAAAUUCAAAAAUGGAAACAGAAUAGGAACCCUCAGCAAAAUAAGCUUAUUAUCGUGGGUUUGGUGCUUUUAAGAGUACUUAAAAACCCAAUAGUAGCCAUGGUCAUAAUUGGGAUUGCUUCAAACUUUGUUCUUCAUCAAAAAAUCCCAGCAUUCAUGGAAGAAUUCUUAGAUGGACUUUCAAAUUCUUUUGGUGGUGCAGCUCUCUUUUAUCUUGGACUGUCAAUGGUGGGAAAGAUAAAGAACCUUGGGAAAUCAACAUUUGUGGCUUUAAUUCUUCUUAUCACAGCAAAACUAUUGGCAAUGCCACUUAUCUGCAGGGAAAUGGUUUUGUUAUUGGAUAAAAACAGCAGUUCUGUGAACCGCACUAGCCUUUCAAAUUAUGCUUUUUUGUAUGGAGUCUUUCCAGCAGCUCCCAGUGUAGCGAUCUAUGCAAGCCAGUACAAUAUGGAACAGGAGAUUGUGACAUCUGGUAUGGUGAUAAGUACUUUCGUAUCUGCACCUAUUAUGUAUCUUUCAGCUUGGUUACUGACUAUCCCAACAAUGAAUCCAGACUCUCUGACAUCUGCUCUUCAGAACAUCAGCUUUGAUAUUAGUAUUGUCUCUCUGAUUUCUUUGGUAUGGUCCAUUGCUGUCCUGUUUCUGAGUAAGCAACACAGGAGACUUCCUCAUUUAUUCACUUCAAAUUUGCUUAUUGCAGAGUUUGUAGCCUGCACUGGGAUGAUUGGAUGGAAUUUUAUAAUCAAAGAAAAGAGUCUCAUUGGACAAAUUCUGAUUUUCAUUGUGCUAUACGGAUCUCUAUACAGUUCUUACUUGUGGACAGGUCUCAUUGCACUUUCUUUAGUCAUGCUGAAGAAUAGAUGUGAAACAAAAAUAUCAUCUGGAUUGUUUAUGGUUGCUGGUUGGGGAAUCCCAGCUUUCAUUGUUGCUAUCCUUUUGAUUGCCGGUAAACUGAACUCCACUGAUAGUGUUGACAGUGCCUUGUUUUAUGGAAAAGAUCAGGUUAUCAGCACUUCAGUGGUCCUGUUUAUAAGUAUUUUAAUGACAAGUGUAUCACUUAUGUGUAUGACUAGAAAUGCAGAGGGUGUAAAUUAUCAUCAGCUUGACUCUGAUUCUCAGUCUGUCACAUCUGAUGAGCCUAUGAGGCAAGAUAGACAAGGAAAUCUGACUUCCACGGGUUCAGCAUCACCUCGUUCACCAUCUGCAGUUUUGAAAAGAGAUUCAUGUGCCUGCCAAGUUGAAAAUGGCAGUGUGUUCUGCUCAUCAGAACCUGUAUCAAGCAUGACUUUAAUUGCAGGUCACACUGAUAUAGAAGAUGCAGAUAAGUGUGUAAAUCGGUGUCAGACCCAGAGCUGUGCAUUAGUUCAAGAGGAACAGCAGCUUCAGAACACAGAUCAGCAGACAGGAAGACACAUAUUGUUGUGCCUGCUACUACUAGUGGGCCUUUUUGCUAAUCUGUCUACUUGCUUAUGGUGGUUGUUUAAUCAAGAACCUGGAAGGCUUUACGUUGAAUUGCAAUUUUUCAGUGCAAUAUUUAACUUUGGACAGGGCUUUAUUUCAUUUGGCAUCUUUGGACUUGAUAAACAUCUAAUCAUUCUACCUUUCAAAAAGAAACUGAAAAGUCUCUGGAAAGGUAGGCAAACUGCAUCUCCAACUGAUGCUUCAGUGCCAGAAGAGAUUCGGAUGACAUGCCAGCAGUUUGUUGCCUAUCAUAAAGAUCAGUGUGUUAAAGAUAUUGUCAUGGAAAGAAGGUGUGGUGCACAGAUGUUUGUUGGCGUCUUCCGUGGCUCUGAUUUGGUCAGGUGGCUUAUCCAAGUAGGUCUUGCUCCUGACUCUGGUGAAGCUGUGAAGUAUGGAGAACGGUUACUGCAAGGAAGAGUCAUUCAACAUAUAACCAAGGAAUAUGAAUUCCGCAAUGAGAACUUGUACUAUCACUUCAUCCCAAGGACAUCUGCAGUGUAUAAGAGAUGACCUCAGAGAAAGUGAAGGUUUGACUACUACAAACAAGCUUAGCUUGAAAUAGUUAUGAACACUUAUUGUUUGAAGAGUGCAAAGCUUACCUGUUUGCUGUAUACCAGUCUCAUUUGGUAUACUUAACAGAAUGAUCCUGUCAUUUUAAAGUUAUUGUUUGAAGCAUGAUGUAAAAGGAGUAUUACAGUGCCACUUAUUUUUAGCAAACAGUACAGAUGAAAGUUGAGACAAAUGUAAAAGCCAAUGUUUAGGAUGCCUCAUGCACACACAUUUUUCUGUAUAUAUAUAUAUAUAUAUAUAUAUAUAUAUAUAUGUGUGUGUGUGUGUAUAUAUACAUGCAU